AUGCCAGUGAAAUGCUGUUUCCACAGGUCACCAUCUACAGAAACAACAGUGUGUUCUGAAAAUAUGGAUACACUUUUAACCAACCAAGCUGGUCUACAUGCUUUUCGAACAUUCCUAAAAUCAGAGUUCAGUGAAGAAAACGUUGAGCUCUGGCUUGUCUGUGAAGACUUUAAGAAAACAGAAAGUGCAGAAAAAAUUGCUUCCAAAGCCAAGAUGAUUUAUUCUGAAUUCAUUGAAGCUGAUGCCCCUGAAGAGAUUAACAUUGACUUCAGUACCAGGGACCUCAUCUCAAAGAAUAUUGCAGAAACAACUCUCAAAUGUUUUGAUGAGGCUCAGCAGGUGAUCUACAGUCUGAUGACCAAGGAUUCUUUUCCUCGAUUUCUAAAGUCAGAGAUUUAUAAGAAACUGGUAAAUAGCAAACAGGUUGGAAAUCAUAAAAAAUGGCUCCCCUUCUUGUAA